GUAUUGGUUACAAACUUCCACGUACACACUGUUUCUCCAGUGUUCCAAAACUACCAACAACCCUCUUCACGACAUAAUCCAGAACUUUCCAUUCUUCAUCUUCAUCAUCAGUAUCACAUUUUCAAUCCAUUGAACAUUGUUAUUGUUUCAAAUUCAAUUCAAUGGCAGGUUCAUCUCAAACCACUGUCCUUGUUACUGGUGCUGGUGGUCGCACAGGACAAAUUGUGUAUAAAAAAUUGAAAGAGAAGCGAGACCAAUAUAUUGCCAGAGGUUUGGUUAGAUCUGAAGAAAGCAAACAGAAAAUUGGUGGUGCAGAUGAUAUUUUCCUUGGGGAUAUCAGAAAUGCCGAAAGUAUUGUUCCUGCAAUUCAAGGUACAGAUGCUCUCAUCAUUCUCACAAGUGCUGUCCCACAAAUGAAACCUGGGUUUGAUCCAACCAAAGGUGGAAGGCCUGAGUUUUAUUUUGAUGAUGGUGCAUAUCCCGAACAGGUUGACUGGAUUGGACAGAAAAAUCAAAUAGAUGCUGCUAAGGCUGCGGGAGUGAAGCAUAUUGUGUUGGUUGGGUCUAUGGGUGGAACAAACCCUAACCAUCCUUUGAACAGUUUGGGAAAUGGAAAUAUACUGGUUUGGAAAAGAAAAGCUGAAGAAUAUCUGUCCAAUUCUGGUGUUCCAUACACGAUCAUAAGACCUGGUGGCUUGCUUGAUAAAGAAGGAGGUGUUCGGGAACUUAUUGUAGGGAAGGAUGAUGAACUUCUUCAGACCGAAACUAAAACUAUACCUAGAGCUGAUGUAGCAGAAGUCUGCGUUCAGGUACUAAAUUAUGAGGAGACUAAAUUGAAGGCAUUUGACCUAGCAUCAAAACCUGAGGGUGCAGGUGAACCAACAAAGGACUUCAAGGCUUUGUUUUCCCAGCUCACUUCUCGUUUUUGAGGGUUUUCAUGAUGUAUGAUUGUAUGUGAUUAUUGUCUAACAAUGCUUUUGAAACCCAAAGUCAUUAGUGCUUUGCUUCUAAAGCAAAUUACUUUGCCUUCACAAAUAAGUUAGAUAUAGGACUAAUCAUAGACUUCAAUAAGUGAUUUCAGGAAUCAAAUCUAAGAAUAAAAGUUCAUUGAAUUACAUGUAUAAACUGAUAUUUAUAAAUUUAUCAUCUACAGCAGAAGCAAUAUUAUGUUACAUAAUUAUGAA